AUGUCGACAGCUCCGCCGAGCUUACCAAAAAACUCAAAUACAACCGGAGGGCAGUCAAUCAACAAUCGUGUGUCCUCUGUUGAAGCCAGGAGAAUCCUUGCUGUCCUCGAGGAUACGGCUUCCAGAAUGGAAUAUGCCGUUAUUCUUCCAACAUUGAACGACUUCUUGGAAGGCAGAGAUAACGUUCCAGAAGACGUCGAAAUCGCACAUAAUGACUUUUUAAACCAUCAACGAGCUUUAAUGUCCGCAAUGACUAACGAAGGCAAGCCAAAACCAGGUAGCCAGCAAGAUUUUGAAGAAGAAGGCAAUCUUUAUAGAGAAACAUCAAGAGAUUUAAUACGUGCAAUGAGAAAUCAUGCAGACUAUUUUGCUCCGUUAUUGGCCCAGACUUCCAGCUAUGGAGGAAGUACCGCUAAACUUACUGCGAUGAUGAAAGAUCUCAAUAGCAUGGAAUUACUUACUUUCUCCACUCCUGUUGAGAGUGAUGAAAAACAGAAGCGAUUAAUACAAGAUAUUUCUGGCCGUAAAAAGGCUAACCGUGAACUCAUCGAGCAGCUUAAUGCUCGUGAUGCUAAAGCUACUCAUGACAAAGAACAACAAGUUCAUGAUAGAGAUGAACAGUAUGAAUUGAUUAAACAGCAAUUAACUCAAGCCAAAGCAACAGAAAGCUCAUUAAUGCAAGAUGAUAUCGUUCAAGAAGAAGUACAGACUCAAGAAGAAUCACUUAAAACUCAAUUAAAUAAUACAAGAGAAGAUGUAUCAAAGACACAGAAAAAGAACUCAGAAGAAGAAGGCAAGCAACGUCGUGCCCUUCGUAAGGAUGAAGAAGCUGUUCAAGCUCUCAUCAAGAAAUAUGAUCAGGAAAUGACUUCCCUGGUUAAACAGAACGAAGAAGCUGUUGAAGCAGCUGAAAAGAUAGAGAAGGAAUUGCAUGAUCUUCAAGCCGAGGCUGCACAAAUCGAGAAGAUUCGUGCUCCAAUGGUAAACGAUGAACAUGUUCAGAGUGCUAACCAGCUUAAGGCAAAUAAGCUUAGCCAGGAUAUGAUUGCUGCUUCUGUUAAACUACAAAUGGAAAUUCGUAAAUUCCUCAAGACCGCACCUAAAUUCUCCAAGAAGAAAGGUAAGAAAGGAAAAGGUGGUAAGAAAGGAAAGAAAUAA